AAAGGGGAAAUCGGCAUGGCAAGCUUGGAUUUAAAGAGAGCAGAGCUAAUGUUGUCACAGUUUUCGGACAGUCAAACAUAUGUGAAGGUAUUGACGAAACUUCAAGUUGUGCAGCCAGUUGAGAUAAUCAUUCCAAGUACUGCAUAUGACGCGGGUAAUAUGACCAAACUUUGUGAAGUAAUAGCAGAUCAAUUUUCCAACGUCAGUCUCACAACUGUUCAGAGAAAGUAUUUCAAUGAAUCUCAAGGUGUUCAAUACAUCAAACAACUAUGUGUCCCUGAAUUCAGUGCUGUUCAAAUGGAAGUAGCCUCAAAGUAUUACUGCCUCGCUACUGCGUCGGCUCUUUUAAAAUAUGUGGAAUUCAUGCAAAACAUAAUUUAUGCUCCUGCUUCUUUAAAAAUCGUAUUUAAAGGAAGUGAACAGACAAUGAUGAUAGACGCUGCAACUGCAAAACAUUUGGAACUGGUAUUGAAUGCUCGUAAUCCUGGUAGUGAUCACUGUCUUUAUGGUGCAAUAAACCACACCAAGACACCACUAGGAGCUCGUUUGUUGAGAUCCAAUAUACUUCAACCAUCAUCUGAUAUUGGAACAAUUAAAACAAGACUUGAUUGUGUCGGAGAAUUACUUGAGAAGGAGGAAAAUUUUUAUCAAAUGCAGUCAGUUCUAGGACGAUUUAUUGAUAUUGACCAUGUAACGUCAAUGUGUGUUCAAGUAUCAAAGACAGAAAAUAUAAGAAACGCCGAGUCAAAUAUUACCAACAUUAUCUAUCUCAAACAUACCCUGGAGCUUAUCAAUCCUCUUAAGGCGUGCUUGAAGAAUUUCAAACACCCUCUCUUUAAAACUUAUUAUGAGAUGUUAAGCGAUUCACGUUAUACACAAGUCAUGGAAGCAAUUGAAAAAGUAAUUCACGAAGACACUCACUAUCAAAAGGGUGCUAUGAACAUGAGGACACAAAAAUGCUUCGCUAUAAAGCCACACAUUAACGGAUUGCUUGACGUAGCCAGAAGAACAUAUACAGAGAUUGUUGACGAUGCCCUGGCACUUGUACAGCAGCUGGGUGAGGAAUAUGACCUGCCUGUGAAGUCUGCUUUCAACACUACUAGAGGUUUUCAUGCACAGAUGAGUUUAAAUCAUCCAGAUAGCGUAGCCAUUGAAGAUUUAUCAAGUGAAUUUAUUAAAGUCGUAAAAACAAAGAAUAUUGUCGCCUUUACCACCGUUGAUUUGGUUAAAUUAAACGAUCGUAUUCAAGAGUCCAUGAACGAAAUCUAUCUAAUGACAAACAUAGUGGUGACGGAACUUUUGGUAGAAAUACGUGAUAAAAUUGGUUGCAUUUACAAGUUGAGUGAUUGCGUUGCUACUCUGGAUCUACUUGUUUCGUUUGGUUUUCUUUGUACUGCUGCAGAGCAUGUUCGACCGGAAUUCACAGACACCCUUGCGAUCUCUCAAGGGAGACAUCCUAUUCUUGAAAAGAUUUUGUCGAAACCUCCUGUCUCAAACAGCACAUACGCCGCCGAUGGCAACAAUUUUCUUAUUAUAACUGGUCCUAAUAUGAGUGGAAAAUCAACAUAUAUGAAGCAAAUUGCACUACUACAAAUUAUGGCCCAGAUUGGCUGUUAUGUCCCUGCUGAAUAUGCAUCAUUCCGAAUAACUAAUCAAUUGUUCACAAGAAUCGGAAGUGAUGAUGACAUUGAAACAAACUCGUCAACAUUUAUGUUGGAAAUGAAAGAAAUUAAUUAUAUUCUACAAAACGUAACACCUGAUUCAUUAAUCAUAAUUGACGAACUGGGUAGAGGUACGAGCAGUGAAGAAGGACUUGCCAUAUGCUUUGCCAUUUGCGAAGAGCUUCUCACCAAGAAGGCAUUCACAUUUUUUGCAACCCAUUUCUUGGAAUUGACUACAAUGGAUGGAAUGUACCCAAACAUUGAAAACUAUCACAUGGAAAUAAAGAGGGCGAUGAAAAAUAAGACUGGUGCCGAGAAAAUAUCCUAUACUCACAGUAUAAACAAAGGAAGCACCAUGGAAAAACAUUACGGAUUGGAAUUGGCCAAAGUGUCGUCACUGCCUGCAGAGAUAUUGGAGUAUGCAGAAUUUUUGUCAAUUCACUUUUCAGCAAGGAAAAAGUCACUGUCGGAAUCUUCAUUAGCUGCAAAGAAAGACAGAGCCGUGUUCCGCCUCGCCAGCAAGCUAAAACAAGCUGCAAGGAAUUCAUGCUUAGACAAAAAAACGCUAUAUGCAUAUUUUAAAGGUCUUGGAGUACAAUAUUAUAGAGGCGUUGAUGCCAGUGAGGAAUAGCUUCUCGAUGAACUAGUUUUAGGGUGAACGCAUUGUUUUUUAUAGUAAACAUUUGCUAAAAUUUGAAAGACAUUCUCGUUAUUGUAUAGCCAAUAUCUCCACUCUGCAAACUUUUUGGAACUAACUAUAAUUAUAUAUCUACUUAUUUAAUUGCAAAAAUUGUACUUCGAAUAGGCUAUAGUUGUGAGGAAUGCAGAAAUAAUUGAAGAAAGAAUUUAUGCUUUUUAUUGAUGUCACCCUCGCGAUUUCUCUUAUAUUAUUGGCUAUCUCUUAUAAAUACUUAUUGUAGAUCACUUGUAUGAUAAAGUAUUACUGAAUUUUGUUCGUGUGUUUUCUUAAAGAGUAUACAUUUUAAAUGUAAAGAUAAACUGAAUAAAUAAUUAAACGUUUAGAAUUCGA